UCUUUCUCUCACCCCUGAGCUCCCAUUGAAGCUCUCCCUCUCUCUCUUUUUCUCUCUCUCUCAGGGUACUGGUACUCCUUUUCGUGUCAUCAAAUUUUAAAUUCCAGGAAUCCUCGUACAUCAACUUUAACAAGGAAGAUCAGGACCCCAAAACAUCAUAAAACCUAAACCCAAUACAUAAGUUAAGCCUUUGCUGUUUCCUAUUCUCAACUGAUUAUAGCCUUUUUGUCUACUCCCAUUCUAUAAACAGUGGACCACACCUUUCCUCUGUAUAUCUUGCCUUUUAAGCACUCUUUUCCCCUUCUCUGAUUUUUCUUUUUUUUUUCUUCCUUCCUUCCUUCCUCGUCUUCUCUUCACUUCCUCUCUUCCUUUAUCUCUUUGAUCUCUCUCUCUCUCAGCUUGAGGAAAAUUGUUCCCCAUACUUGAGAGCAUGCCUGAAUGUCCAGAGAAAGGGAGAGAUUUGAUGAGGUAGGAAAGAAGAUCACGAGAGAAGUAGAUGUUUCUUCUCAUCACAUGGGAAGAAGACACAUGCUGGGUCCUCUUGGAACCCUAAAUACCAUCACACCUUGUGCAGCCUGCAAACUCUUGAGGCGUAGGUGUGCACAAGAAUGCCCUUUUUCUCCAUAUUUCUCACCCCAUGAACCCCAAAAGUUUGCUUCUGUUCACAAAGUGUUUGGUGCUAGCAAUGUCUCAAAGAUGCUAAUGGAGGUACCGGAGAGCCAAAGAGCCGACGCAGUGAAUAGUCUUGUUUAUGAGGCUAAUGUGAGGCUAAGAGAUCCUGUUUACGGGUGCAUGGGUGCAAUUUCAGCUUUGCAGCAGCAAGUUCAAUCUUUACAAGCAGAACUAAAUGCAGUAAGGGCUGAGAUACUAAAAUACAAGUGUGGAGAAGCUAACCUUAUACCAUCUUCUCACGUAACCUUGCUCUCUUCUGGGGCUGUUUCAGUUGCUACACUACCAUCAGCCCCAACACAGCCACCGCCUCCACCACCGCCUCCUCCUCUUCUUCCUACAUCCUCCUCUUCUUCCAUGUACAACCAACCUACCAGUGCUGCAGACUAUAGCACCAUUUCAAAUGAAAAUGUUUCGUACUUUGGAUAAAAUAUUCCUAGGAUGAAUCAAAUAUAUCCCCCCAUAUAUUUUUCUCUAUUAUGAAGCAAAUGAAAUAAAAAGAGGAAGAGAUGAAUAUUAUUGUUUUCAUUGCCUUUGUUUUAUUUAGAUCACUCAAUUACUGUCUAGCUUGCUCCACAAUUGAAGUUCACAUAUUGCCUUUUACCUAUAUUGUUGGUUGAUGUGUUUCUUUCUCCCA